AUGGCAGAUGGUAUAUUCCGGUUCCAUCAGCCUGGAGCCGGGCAGUUUUAUCCCACGCAGCACACCAAUCAUCGGAAUCAGAACAGAGCCGCUUCACCAUCUGGGGCCCGAAGACCCUUCAGCAACGACACACCCUCUCCCUCAAGGUCGCCUGUGAAUCCCUCGCUUGGCCACAAUUUCAACAUGUACUCGCAGAACGGGUAUCAGGCUCAGCACGGUCUGAUGAAUGGGGCGCAGAAUCACCAGCGUUAUGGCACCGUUCAAAUGCCAAAAUACCAGCCACAACACCAUGUUCACCAUAAUGUGACACAGCAUCACGGGCAGCACCAUCAUGGCGCGCAAUUAGGCCACCAACAUACCAUCUCGUCCGGCGGCUUCCCAUCCGCGACUCCCCACCUCCCCACGUAUGCGCACGAACAUCUGCAAAAUGGCCAUGGGAGUGGAUUACCCUCAGAUGAUCCGGAUGAUCUCGAUGGCGAGUACUGGCGAGAACAAAGACAUUUUUGGGAAGAGAGCAAGGAGUUGACCGGACAGCACAUGCGCGCGAAGACUGUCGCACAACACUCAAAGACGGUUAACUACGUACCGUUGGGAGCAGCCGCGGAGGAGCUCCAGACAGAUAGCAACCGGACUGCGACAUCAAACGGACCGACCGCAAGCAAACAAACCUGGGAUGAACUCGACCUGGGUGGACAAGGUCUUUGUGCACUAUCCCCUGUACUUUUCAAUCCGUCAUACCAUUUCCUCAAACGUCUCGACCUAAUGUACAACCAAUUAGAUACCCUGCCACCCGAGAUCGGUCGGUUAAGGAACCUGGAGUAUCUGGAUGUGUCAUUCAACCAGCUCACCGAACUUCCAGAAGAGAUAGGGAUGCUUACAAACCUCAAACAUCUACUUCUUUUCAACAACCAUAUCCAGACUCUCUGCUACGAAUUAGGUUUCCUGUAUAAACUGGAAAUGCUUGGUGUCUAUGGCAAUCCCCUGGAGCAGGGACAACGAGAUAAAAUCACCGAAGGCGGGACUAGGAAGUUGAUCGAAUAUCUCCGUGAGAGCAUGCCAGAACCCCCUCCGCCCCGCGAGAGAGAGUGGCACCAGCUUGAAGAGGUGUCUGAAGAUGACGUGGAUACCGUCAAAGUAUUGAAUUACAAUAUCUUGUGCGAUCGCUACGCCACUCAACAGCAGUACGGCUAUGUACCGGAGCGUGUCCUAGGCUGGGGCUUCCGCAAGACGUUGAUCCUAGAAGAGAUUCGCGAAAUCAAUGCCGACAUUGUGUGCUUACAAGAACUGGAUCGCAACAGCUACGAUGACUACUUCCGUGGGGAGCUGUCCAUCUCUGGCUACAAAGGAUACUAUGCUCAAAAAAGCCGAGCAGAGACACUGGGCGACAAUGCGAGAUUUGUCGAUGGUUGCGGCACGUUCUGGAAGGACAAGAAGUACAUGGUUCUAGACACCCAGCACCUGGUUCUUGGAAGAAAGGCUGUCGAAAGACCUGGCGCAAAGGCGUCUGCCGACAUGCUGAACAGAGUUUGGCAGAGGGAUGACAUCGCUACUGUGGUGCUCUUGGAAAACCGUGUGUCGGGUGCUAGGCUCAUUGUUGUCAAUGCGCACAUCUACUGGGACCCCGCAUUCAAAGAUGUGAAACUCAUCCAGGCAGCUGUCCUGAUGGAAGAACUUCAAAAGCUUGCCGAAAAGUAUACCAAGGUUCCACCGGCGACAAACAAACAAGUCUUCCGAUUCUCGGAUGCGGAAGACGAGCCAGUUCCUGAUCCAGGCCCUUCCCUAUCCUAUACUUCUGGACCUCAGAUUCCGCUGAUCAUCUGCGGUGAUUUCAACUCCGGUGCAGGUUCCGCAGUAUAUGAUCUGUUCACCAAAAAAGGGAUGAAUGCUGAGCAUGCCGACCUUGACGGCAGGGACUACGGUGCCUUUUCACGAGCCGGGAUGCAACAUCAAUUCACGCUGAAGUCCUCCUACGCCGCAAUUGACGAAGAGAUGCCUUUCACCAAUUACACGCCUUCCUUUGUCGACGUCCUGGAUUACAUCUGGUAUUCAAGCAACUCUCUGAGAGUGGUGGGACUUUUGGGCGCCAUUGACCCAGAAUACCUCAAACGUGUCCCUGGAUUCCCAAACUUCCACUUUCCAAGUGACCACAUCGCCAUUGUGUCCGAAUUCAAGGUUGAGAAACAGCGGAAUGUGCAGAAAGCCGUGGAGGCCGACUUCGGACCCUCGAGCAAGAAGUAG